CUGCCGACCUCGGGUCGCGCCCUCCGGGGCGCGGGCGCGGGCCCCCUACCUUCGCAGCCGCGCACGGCGCGAGGAGCGCAUGGCGAUGCCAGGCAAGGGCGCCGAGCUGCUUUCGGAUGGUCGCAGGCUCGUCGUCGGGCAGUUCCUCAUGUCCGCCAUCUCGCAGAUCUGGACCGGGGCCGGCCGCAGGGCCUGCCUCCAGAAGGUCUGGUUCGACAGCAUGCAGAUGUGCGACAUCCUGGCCUCACUCGGCCUGGACUUCGGCGGCGGGGCCUCCUGCAACGCGGCCGCGGUGCUGCGCAUCCUGUGGAAGGCCGAGGAUGGCACGCACACCCUGCCCAGCGACUCCCUGUCGACGCUGACGGAGGUUCUCCGCCGGCACGGGGUGGCCGUUCAGGCCGCGACGCCAGAGGACAUCGACGCCGCCGAGAGCCGCAUCCUGAGUGCCCUGGGCUGGCAGAUCUGGUCCCCGUCGCUCCACUCGUGGCUGGCCGCGUUCUUCUCGCGCCUCAGGGUCCUGGUCAAGCAGCACCUCACGGAGCAGGAGGAGUCCGAGUUCGGGGCGGUCCUCACGCAGCUCUGGCAGCAGAGCUACACUUGCGGCACCGCAUUGGUGAUGCACGUGGCGUCGCUCGGGCCGCUGGCGCCCCGCAGCCUGGCCGUGGGCCUGCUGGGCCUCGGCUGCGUGCGCGCGGGCGCGCUGCCCCUCCACAGCGCGCGCCCCGCGCGGCUCGGGGCGGCCGAGUGGGAGCAGGUCUACGUGAAGGCCAUGGGGCCAGUGCCGGCGUUCAAAGCCGACUCUCACGCGGCCAAGAUCAUCCAGAUCAUCAUGUUUGCGACCGACAGCAGCAUGGACGCAGUCAAAGAUGCGUGCGGCCGCGUCGCGAUGGUCAUACCAGACGUGCCCAUGCUGGGCGCCAGGGAGGCGGUCGCCAUCUAGCCAGCUCGAUUGGCUGCAGCGCGUUGGCGCCCGCCGCGCUCUCACCGUGGAACCGGUGCCGUGCUCGCUCGCGUUGCGCUCUCUGUUCGCGCUGUGAAUUUUGGACCCUUUAGGGUUGUCCAGCGACGCAGUCUACGCCCGGGUUUCACCGGUGCAGAUCUGACCGACCCGCAGUGCCUUGUCAGUGCGCGGUCGCGUCCUCGAUUCCCUCUCGUAGCUACUCGUAAGAGCCACCGAUCCGUCGCCAGAGUGGCCUCCAGUGCACGGCC